GACACGAAAGAAACACCAUCUUUACAUGUGUUUGAUAACAUGGCGUCGUCCGGUUUCUCCCAACGCUACGAAAACCUUCUCUUGUAUAUUGUCUUCGCCGGUGCUGCUGCUAUUUUCGGAUUCUGUUGUUGGGUCUUAAAUAUUGGAUACGGAAUCAUCUUUCAAGAUUCAGGUUACGAAGCCGUGACUCCCUGGCGAUGGAUUGCUUCCACAGUUUCACCCGUGCUUUUAGCCAGUGUAGCCUUCCACCGGAAAUCACUGAAUACUUCUGGAGCUUUUAGUGCCCUGUUUGUUGGGUUCCUGAUGAUUUCUGCCAACAUUUGCUUUGCCACAUCUUUGAUUGUCUUCUUCUUCACGGCGUCGUCUGCCACAAAAUUCCGCGGCAGUAAAAAAAGGUCCUUUGAGGAAAACUUCAAAGAGGGUGGCCAGCGCAACUGGGUGCAGGUUGUAUGCAAUGGUGGGGUGGCCAGCGAAAUCAGCCUGAUGUAUCUCAUAGAUAUUGGCAUGAAAGAAUUUCCAGUGGAUUUUGUUAAUCACUACCAGGCAUCAUGGAUGUCAACAGCUGUGUUGGGUGCAUUGGCAUGUUCCUGUGGAGACACAUUUGCAUCGGAAUUUGGCACCGUCAUCGGUUCUGGCCAGCCACGACUCAUUACAACAUUAAGAAAAGUUCCCAGAGGGACCAAUGGUGCCAUAUCCUUUGUCGGUUUACUAUGCAGUGCCCUUGGUGGUUUGAUUAUCGGUGUUACUUACUAUUUAACUCUCUUGUUGACCAUCAACCAACGGAAGCUCCAAGAGAGUCCGGUCCAGUGGCCGGUCAUCAUAGUCGGCUUAGUCUGUGGCUUUGGUGGCUCUUUCCUGGAUUCUCUGCUUGGAGCAACUGUACAAUACUCCGGUUACGACCAAGAACGGAAUAUAAUUGUCGAACAUUCUGCUCCUAAUGUCCAACACAUCAAUGGCAGACAACUGCUCAACAACCAUGCCAUCAACCUACUUUCCUCUUUACUCACUGCGGCUUUCUCUUCUAUCUUUUCUUACCAUCUUUGGUCUUACCUAACAUAAGAUAAUGGCCCCAGAUGUCUGCUUCCCUUUUUGGGUUCUGUUUCUCUCUCUCUCUCUCUCUCUCUCUCUCUCAUCCAAACAAUCAAAACUAAAAAGUCUUUCAUUUUCUUUCCUCGCUGGAUGCAAUUGGCAAUAAGAGUUUGGUCAGCAUUCCAUCCGAUUCCAGAGAGGAAAGCCAUCCCACUUUGAUACUCAUGGGAAUUCAACAGCUGUUGUUUUUAUUGUUGUUAUUCAACCUGGAUCCAGUCCGAAGGUGUUCUGGUUAUGACCAUUCCAACGUUAGUUUUAUUUUUUUGCCCACAUUGUCUAUCUAAUAUGCCGUAGCAGUAUCUUUUUAUGACAGUAGGAGGUGAUCUGAGGGAGAUUAGACUGCUAUUUCUAACUAGUCAGCUGACCGUGUAGCAGCUGCCUUAUUUGCUUGUGUCAGUGGUUUAAUGGUCGAUUGGUCUGGUGUGACCAGAACACCUGGGAAAUAUUUGUGAAGAUGACUGCAAUUGUUCAGUUUAGGUUGUUUGACAUUUGUCAGUCUUCCUUUAUUCUCUUCUGUUUGUCAAACAUUUUCAAUAAACUGCUGUUUGAUAGAAUGAUUGUAACAAGAAG